AAAAAAAAAAAAAAAAAAAAAAAAAAAAAAAAGCACCUCAAAGUGAAACCAUCUAGGACUACCAACAGUAGCAGCCGACAACCUCCCCGCAAUCUCCACAAACUCUGCCAAAAUCAUCUCCGGCAGCUCAUUAUAAUUAACAAUAGUCCUACUACCCGUAGAGGUACUCUUAAUGAUAUAACUAGAGGCCGGCUCACUGCACUCCUCACGGUAUAUACAGUGUUGGAGAUCGACACGACAGCUGGGACCGAAUGAUGCUUCGAGUUCCUUGGUGGCCGGUGACGAUUUUGCUGGUAGCACUGCGAUGGCAUACAGCGCGGAGAUCGUGUUCAGUUGCUGCCUAUCCAGCAAUCCAUGGGUGGCCUUAUUAGUACCCCCUGCUGUAGUAGUGGUAGUGGUGGCUUUUGACGAACCUGCAUCCAAGGAGCUGUUGAAGAACUUCGAGCGUAUUUAGAGUGUUUCCACCCCGUCGUCGAGAGAUGCGGGAUGCACGGAGCUUUUCGUCUUCUCCCGGGUAGUGGUCAACGCUAUAUGGGGAAGCAGGCUCCGAUUGUUACGAGAGUGCUCAUUGUAUGUGGUGGGGGACUGGUGCGUUUUAAGAUUGGUUUUUUAUACUCGGAUUGACGAUACUCGGAUUGAUGGUCAAAAUCGAGUUAUUUCAACAAGUACUGCUAAUUCUUCUAUGUAAUGUAAGGACAGAUGGGUGGAUAGGAAAUAUAUCCUGAGGUUGGUUAGGCCAUUAAGCUUGAACGCAGCGCUGAGCAAGCGUCAUAUAUCACGGUGGAUAAUGAACGAUAUAGAUUCAUACUGCCAAUUCCAGUAGGAAAACCAGAAGGCUCCGGAAAGAUCAAUCAUAUUCCGGAAAGCAUUCAGGCUAUUAUUUAACGCAUCCCAUCAAAUUUAUCUAUUGGACUGGAAAUACCAACAUGAUAACGUACAUCAAAAUAGCCCACAGCAAGCUUGUUAAACAGCUUGGACGAGGUAAUAUUGCCACGUGAUAUAUCUUGGCACGGUGUCGCCUUCAUCUGGAGCAAGCCCAAUGACAACUCCAACCUCCAACUGUCUGUCCUGCCCUCUUAUACCCCCCAUUGUCCACAUCCGCACGAGAUUCUUACCUGAAGCAUUUUCCAAUAAAACUUCUGCUAUUCGACGUUAAAUUUUCUCCUGCAUCGUCUAUAUCAAAAAUCCAGCAGCCAUGGGAGACGUCGUGGUUGAGAACCCAGCGGCCCUGGUGCCGCCAUACAAAAAGACUACACCUGCAGACGCGAUCCCAAAUAUCGACCCCCUGGAAGGGGUUGGAAAUGAUGACGGAGAUGACUAUGCUACCCUCAAGAGGCUACAACGGCAUCUAGAGUACAUAAAUCUCCAGGAGGAAUAUAUCAAGGAUGAGCAAAGGAGUUUGAAGCGGGAGCUUGUUCGAGCUCAGGAAGAAAUUAAGCGCAUACAAAGUGUUCCUCUUGUUAUCGGCCAGUUCAUGGAGGCCAUCGACCAAAAUACCGGUAUCGUACAAUCGUCAACAGGCUCAAAUUAUGUCGUCCGCAUCCUAUCUACGCUUGACCGCGAACUGUUGAAACCCUCCUCCUCCGUCGCUCUACAUCGCCAUUCCAACUCCCUCGUCGACAUACUUCCGCCUGAAGCUGAUUCUUCUAUUGCUAUGCUUGGUGUUGAUGAAAAGCCAGAUGUGACAUAUGCGGACGUCGGAGGACUGGAUAUGCAGAAGCAGGAGAUCAGAGAGGCCGUCGAACUACCACUAACGCAUUUCGAUUUAUAUAAACAAAUUGGAAUCGACCCUCCGCGCGGUGUGCUUCUAUAUGGACCGCCCGGAACUGGUAAAACCAUGCUGGUCAAGGCGGUAGCCAACAGCACAACGGCCAAUUUCAUCCGAGUUGUCGGAUCCGAGUUCGUCCAAAAGUACCUAGGCGAAGGUCCUCGAAUGGUCCGCGACGUUUUCCGCAUGGCCCGCGAAAAUUCGCCGGCAAUCAUCUUCAUCGACGAGAUCGACGCGAUUGCCACGAAACGAUUUGACGCCCAAACGGGUGCUGAUCGCGAGGUUCAACGGAUCUUGCUAGAACUGCUCAACCAGAUGGACGGCUUCGAUCAGACAAGCAACGUAAAAGUAAUCAUGGCCACCAACCGCGCUGACACGCUGGAUCCUGCCCUGCUGCGGCCAGGCCGUCUCGAUCGCAAGAUUGAGUUCCCCUCUCUCCGCGAUCGACGAGAGCGCCGAUUGAUCUUCACCACCAUCGCCUCCAAAAUGUCUCUGUCGCCGGAGGUAGAUCUGGACUCGUUGAUUGUUCGGAAUGAUCCACUGUCUGGCGCUGUUAUUGCGGCUAUCAUGCAGGAGGCUGGUCUGCGGGCAGUUCGCAAGAACAGAUAUAAUAUCAUCCAGUCAGACUUGGAAGACGCUUAUUCGAGCCAAGUGAAAGGAGCUCAGGAUGCUGAUAAGUUCGACUUCUACCGCUAAAGCAAAAAGGGAGGAAGGAAAAACGAGCUAUGUAUGUUGGGGGCUACUUACCCAUGCUAGAAAAUGCAGUAUACUUUCUUAAAAAAUUCCUUUUACCACCCCAUUUCAUGCAAGCAAGUACUGAAAGGAAAAGACGAAGAAGAAGAAAUUGCACCACACAAGCCAUCUAAUUUUGUCAAAUUUAAUAUAAUCAAUCCCACAUAACUGUUAGAAGCUGUACCAACAACAAACCCACUAAGUCUCCGUUGCCCUUUCCCCCCCCUUUUUUGUCUUGUUAUCUCACCAAUAGAAGCGGAAUGAAAACAUGAUAUCUGAUAUGCACAUAACUACUUAUAAAUAGAAUCUAAUCUAUACUGACAAUUUUCUAACAGC